AUGGUGGUUCCGUACGCCACCUCGGAUCUUGGGGUGGCGGGUUCUUCGUUGAGCAGCGAGGUGCGACGAUGCUACCAGCUGGGAUUGCAAGCUCCCUCACUCUCAAAUGCCUUUAUGCAGUUCGCGCUGAAAACGAGGCGCUCGCUGGCCGCUAUGAAUGCGAACGAAAACAACCAGCCCGUUAGCAGCAGCCUGGCAAAGCUGUGGCAUCCUCUCAACGUCGCCGACAAGGGGCCCUUCCAGCGCAAGGUCGCCGAAGCUACCGAUGUCCACCGAAGGGAGUGCCCGGUCUGCGGGCACAAUCCGCGUGAAGCCCGCCGGCGGAAGAAGCAGGAGCUCAGUGACAUGCAGGUUACCAGCAAGCUGAAGAUCGACACUUCCUUAGACAAGGAGCAGCAGCCGAGCACUUCCAUGGUCGCGGCCCAGGGUCGAGGCAUGCCGAAGUUCCAGCAGCAACUGCAUCCGGCGCCAUUGCUGCCGACGCGAAGGAGCAAACACCGUGCUACCAUCAGUGCUGCCCGAGUCAGCGCUUCGGUCACCGGUCAGGGAAAGCUGAUUUCUAUUCCGGCAGCCACCGUCCCAUCCACGACCAAGGUUCGCUCGGCUGUGCGGCCCUACUGCGUGCACCGCUGCUGCAGACAUCCACCACCGUUACUGCAGGGGGCGAACAAAGGAAGUCACGUGGGUUCGGUGGUUCUCCUGCUCCAGGAAGCCGUUGAAACUGUUUCGUUGGUCAAGAUCACCAUCUACGAGUUUACCCAGGGGCUGGGCUUUGCCUCCAUGCCCUUUCAUUGCUUGGUCAUCUGA